AUGUGGAAAACCUGUGCUAGGCUCCACCGUCUCUUCGAGCACCCGCAAUUCGUGUGCAGUUCUUCCGGGGAAGUUUUCCAGAGGGCACAGGCUCUCAGGGCAGCCAGCACCCGCCUGGUGCUGACAACCCCACGACAGCAGUGGGGCUGUGGCACUGCUGGAGCUUCUCAUCUUCGUCCCCAGCACGCAGCGCUUGUUGGAGCUCGCGCCCGCCUCAAUCAACUGCAGACCCGAAGUCAUCCGGCGAGUCGGGUCGCUGCGAGUCUGGUGGCCGCCUUGCGCCUCCCCGGACUUCCCAAGUGGGGGCAGAGCAGUCGCUCGCGGGAGACGUCAGUUAGAAGGCACACAGGGAGAGAGGGACCUUCAAACUCCUCCUCGGCGUCUCCUCUCCACCCCCUUUUGGCCCCUGCCCUUGGAGAAAGUGGAGUGUGGCGCUCGCUCGUCGCUAUUCGCUCGGACUGCCUGGCGGUGCGCGGACUCCGCUGCUGCCCGGUGGGGCUCCGGCGUCUCCCGGUGCGGCUCCCCGGCACACCUCUGUCGGCCCUGAGGAAAGGGCUGCGGGCGACCGCGGCCCGCUGCGGACUGGGACUGGGCUACGUGCUGCAGCUGCUGGUGCUCCCUGCCCUGGCCCUGCUCAGCGCCAGCGGCACCGGCUCGGCCGCGCAAGAUGACGACUUUUUUCAUGAGCUCCCAGAAACUUUUCCAUCAGAUCCACCUGAGCCUCUGCCACAUUUCCUUAUUGAGCCCGAAGAAGCUUACAUUGUGAAGAAUAAGCCUGUGAACCUGUAUUGUAAAGCCAGCCCUGCCACCCAGAUCUACUUCAAGUGCAAUAGCGAAUGGGUUCAUCAGAAGGACCACAUCGUAGACGAGAGAGUGGAUGAAACUUCUGGUCUCAUUGUCCGGGAAGUAAGCAUUGAGAUUUCACGCCAGCAGGUGGAAGAACUCUUUGGUCCUGAAGAUUACUGGUGCCAGUGUGUGGCCUGGAGCUCAGCGGGCACCACAAAAAGCCGGAAGGCAUAUGUGCGCAUCGCAUAUCUACGGAAGACAUUUGAGCAGGAACCCUUGGGAAAGGAAGUAUCCUUAGAACAAGAAGUCUUACUCCAGUGUCGACCACCUGAAGGAAUCCCAGUGGCUGAAGUGGAAUGGUUGAAAAAUGAAGACAUAAUUGAUCCCGUUGAAGAUCGGAAUUUUUAUAUUACUAUCGAUCACAACCUCAUCAUAAAGCAGGCCCGUCUCUCAGACACAGCGAAUUAUACCUGUGUGGCUAAAAACAUCGUUGCCAAAAGGAAAAGCACAACUGCCACUGUCAUCGUCUAUGUAAACGGUGGCUGGUCUACCUGGACGGAGUGGUCUGUGUGUAAUAGCCGCUGUGGACGAGGAUAUCAGAAACGGACCCGGACCUGCACCAACCCGGCCCCGCUCAAUGGUGGUGCUUUCUGUGAAGGGCAGAGUGUGCAGAAGAUAGCCUGUACUACACUAUGCCCAGUGGAUGGCAGGUGGACCUCGUGGAGCAAAUGGUCUACAUGUGGGACCGAGUGCACCCACUGGCGCAGGAGGGAGUGCACAGCGCCAGCACCGAAGAAUGGCGGCAAGGACUGCGAUGGGCUCGUCUUGCAAUCCAAGAACUGCACGGAUGGGCUUUGUAUGCAGAGUUUCAUUUAUCCCAUUUCAACUGAACAGAGAACCCAGAAUGAAUAUGGAUUUUCUUCUGCUCCUGACUCGGAUGAUGUCGCCCUCUACGUGGGGAUCGUGAUAGCCGUGAUCGUGUGCCUGGCCAUCUCCGUCGCUGUGGCCCUGUUUGUGUAUCGGAAGAACCAUCGUGACUUCGAGUCUGAUAUCAUCGACUCUUCGGCACUCAAUGGGGGCUUCCAGCCGGUGAAUAUCAAGGCAGCCAGACAAGACCUUCUGGCGGUGCCCCCAGACCUCACAUCAGCUGCGGCCAUGUACAGAGGACCCGUCUAUGCCCUGCACGAUGUCUCAGACAAAAUCCCAAUGACCAACUCUCCAAUUCUGGAUCCACUGCCCAACCUGAAAAUCAAAGUGUAUAACACCUCAGGGGCUGUCACUCCCCAAGAUGACCUCUCUGAGUUUACAUCCAAGCUGUCCCCUCAGAUGACCCAAUCCUUGCUGGAGAAUGAGGCCCUGAACCUGAAGAAUCAGAGUCUCGCGAGGCAGACUGACCCUUCCUGUACUGCUUUUGGAACCUUCAACGCCCUUGGGGGUCACCUUAUUGUUCCCAAUUCAGGAGUGAGUUUACUGAUUCCNNNUGGCGCCAUUCCCCAAGGAAGAGUCUACGAAAUGUAUGUGACUGUACACAGGAAGGAGAACAUGAGGCCCCCAAUGGAAGAUGCCCAGACACUCUUGACCCCUGUGGUGAGCUGUGGGCCUCCAGGAGCCCUGUUGACCCGCCCCGUCAUCCUCACCAUGCAUCACUGUGCAGAUCCCAACACUGAGGACUGGAAGAUACAGCUCAAGAACCAAACGGCACAGGGACAGUGGGAGGACGUGGUGGUGGUUGGAGAAGAGAACUUCACCACCCCCUGCUACGUCCAGCUCGAUGCCGACGCCUGCCACAUCCUCGUGGAGAACCUCAGCACCUAUGCCCUGGUCGGGCAGUCUGCCACCAAAGCGGCCGCCAAGCGCCUGAAGCUGGCCAUCUUCGGGCCCGUCUGCUGCUCGUCGCUGGAGUACAGCAUCCGCAUCUACUGCCUGGAUGACACCCAGGAUGCCCUAAAGGAAGUUCUACAACUUGAGAGACAGAUGGGAGGACAGCUCCUAGAAGAACCGAAGGCUCUUCAUUUCAAAGGCAGCACCCACAACCUGCGCCUGUCGAUCCACGAUGUUGCCCAUUCUCUCUGGAAGAGCAAAUUGCUGGCUAAAUACCAGGAAAUUCCUUUCUACCAUAUCUGGAGUGGGUCUCAAAGAAACCUCCACUGCACCUUCACGCUGGAGAGAUUCAGCCUGAGUACGGUGGAGCUGGUUUGCAAACUGUGUGUGCGGCAGGUGGAGGGAGAAGGGCAGAUCUUCCAGCUAAACUGCACAGUGUCGGAGGAGCCCACUGGCAUCGAUCUGCCGCUGCUGGACCCCGCGAGCACCAUCACCACCGUCACGGGGCCAAGCGCCUUCAGCAUCCCUCUCCCUAUCCGCCAGAAGCUCUGUAGCAGCCUGGAUGCCCCUCAGACAAGAGGCCAUGACUGGAGGAUGCUGGCCCACAAGCUCAGCCUGGACCGGUACUUGAAUUACUUUGCCACCAAAUCAAGCCCAACUGGCGUAAUCCUGGAUCUCUGGGAAGCACAGAACUUCCCGGAUGGAAACCUGAGCAUGCUGGCAGCUGUCUUGGAAGAAAUGGGAAGACACGAAACGGUAGUGUCUCUAGCCGCAGAAGGGCAGUACUGACUGCGCUGGAACUGAAAGCGAAGGGCCAUGACGCACAGGGAGUCCGCGGCUGUCCGGGGAGGAAAUCCAGACCAGACCCAUGAGCCUCACAGGCAACGCUGCAGCAGGACAGAGGAGGAAAACAGACAACCACCAGCAUACACGCCCGCUGCUCGGACAGCAUCCCAGGAGUUAAGAAACCUGUAAAUGUGUACCUUGAAUUUAGAAAUCAACCUAAUUUUCCUCGUAGUUGGGCUGUAUGCUGUGUGGUACAGGAUCUUACAGUUUCCUAGGAAACGCUUUUUAUUGCUAUCCAGAUCUAUGGAUAAACUUUCUUAACAAACCCAAUUUCUACAAACGUUGUUUACAUCAAAUUGGACAGGGAUGCAGAUACUGUCCAUGGCUCGUUCUAUUUUUGUUCAAAUGAUUUCAAGUUGAAGCUGUGGAUGGUUUGUUGUGUCUAUUUCCGAUUAGUAAUUUACAGAGAAAUCACAGACUUUUGCUACAAAUCACGUACACCCAGUGUCUCAGAUAAUCCUCCCAUGGCUGUCCUGUUCCUAGAACUCGCAGAACCAGUGUUAACUGUUGGUAUCAGGGAAGUGGAGAAUCUAAGUGUGAACGAGAAAUGCCUAAGACUCCUUAUUCCUCGGGGGGACCUGUCUGGUGCCCUUUGGGGAAAAAGGUGUCAUAGCAUUGCAGGGAAGAUAGUGACUAAUGUCCAACCACACAAGCAUUUAUUCACGUGUGUUUGUAAUAUGCGAUUUGAAGUGGUUUACUUAAUGGUAUCAUUAUUACCAUUAUUAUUGAGUAUUUACAAGUAUUCUAGUAAGAGCCUUUUCUUUUAACUUCUGUUUUGGUUAGUGGUACUAUUAGUAUUGGGUAUUUACUAGGCCUGUCUCCCUUUCUCACAUGACGAGGUGGGUAUGGUCACCAGUUUAAGUCACUAGGCAUUGCUCCCAUGACCUUUCACCUUUCUCAUACCAUUCUACCCCAGAAAAGCAGUAAAUACUUCCUUACUAGCUUUGUCUGUCUGUUCUUUCAGCUCGCUCAGGCGGGGUCUCUCUCCUCUCUUGAGAAGAGCUCCCCAAUUAAGCCCAUAAUAUGGUGGUUGUGUGGCCCCCAGGUGACUCUGUCUACCUUGGAAGCAAUGUGGCUGGAAUAAUGGCCUCUGAACUGGCAUUGAGGAAACCAGUUCUCUGGGUUUGUCACUGUCUAGCUGUGUGACCUUGGAAAACUCAUUUCACUCACCUUACAGAACCUUCCCCUGCAAGAUAAAGGGGUGGGUAUUGGAUCAUCUCAAAGUUCUGAAUCCCAGCUUCCGCUGUGAAGCCUCCAGUCUCCCCCGUCAGUCUGAAGACCACAGUGCACUCUGACCUGGGCCAUUUACACAGUCAGCUAGUCUUGUGCCCAGGCUACGUUGUGCCUUUCAAACAGUUCUGACUUGGGCAGUGAUUAUUCAGACCUGCGGUGAUACUGCUAGGCGCUCACGUCUUGUCUUUGCAUCAUUGUGUUGUGCCAAUCACUGAGGAUGGCACCCCUUUAUUAGCUUGUCCUCUCUGGGGACCCCGCACUGCCUAGCUAGGUCUCCUGAUAUCUAUUCUCGCAAGUUCAUUAGUAGUAGGAAUUUGUAGUUUUCUACCCACCCCCCCCUUAAUUUCUGCCUUCCUAAUAUUCAGCAGCACUUACAAAGUUUCUUUAAUUAUCUUUUUAGAAACUUACCCUGCAAAUGCAAGUCAACAGAAUAUUUUGUGUAAACGAUGACAUUUCCUUGGGCCCAUCACAGGCUCUUUGUUUUAACACAGGGACUCAAUUCAUUCAGCAGGUGGGGAAUGAAGAGUCCACAACCCCAUAGCCAAACCAAGACCGAAUGACAGACACCCACAGGGAUGAAUCAGAACCUUCAAACAUGACUGUGACUUACUUCUGGGCUGGAGGUAUCCAGGCUGCUGACUGGAUUUGAAUUGGAAGUCAUUUGAUACGUUUUCUCCCAUCUUUCCACAUAUACUUCCUCUAUUGUUUGACUUCUUGAUAGUCUCAGAAUCUUCCACCACCAUGGAAGAGCUGUGGAUAUCUUGUUUUGGAGCCUCUUCUUUUAUGCUUUUUAUUUCUUAUCGUCUGUUUUAGACUUAAAGUCUAUAAUCUCUCUCAUAGCACUCUUGGGCCACUCCCUGCAUUAGGAUUUCCAUAUAUAAAGAUAUUUGUUACAGUGAUUGGGGAAGAGAGAGAUUUCAUUUAAAACUAAUUUAAUGAACAAUGUCUAUACCAAUGAGUAAAACCACACAUUCUAAUUAAAAACAUAUUUAACAAUGGAGGAGGUAAAGUUGUCAAGACUAUUUACCUGUACUAGAGCUGCAGAAUCAUCUAUGAAAUCUAGAACUGGAAAUCUGAACUGGAAACUCAAGGGCACUUUUAUACCCAGUGACAGGUAGAAGGAGAAAACAUAGUUAUUCAGAUGAAUCAAUUCCAAAACUUUUACUAAAUGGCUAAAAAAAGUCACCGAGACAGAAAUGUUAAACAGGAUCUGUAUCACUAAAGCCCUGGGGGAGGCCUUGCGGGUUCACUUCAGAUGCUUAGUUUUUGGUUCUACCUCCCAGCACCAGAAAAAGGAACUGAUUCCUUGUAAGUGAGGCACUCAUCUGUCAUAGAACACUGGUUAUGAUUCCUAUCAAGCGAAUGACAUCUUCCAGACGAACAGCAUCCCAUUUAUAUCAAAUAAUUUUCACUACAAAUUCUGAUUUCCUUCUCCUUUGGAGUAGAGUAAUAGCUGUGAGAUUGCUCUAGAGCCAGAUGCAAGUUCAUCUCCGAGGGAGCCACUUCAUCAGCCAUUCAGUGCAAUCCAGUGCUUCCACAGCUUGUGAGGAGAGCCGCCCCGACUGCGCCGGAUGGGGGAAAACCACAUCAUUUGUGCAUGGUGCCAUCUAGUGGCUGGCAACACACUCUACCCUGAGUUUAAUAUAAAAACCCACCAAGUUAUUUGACAAGAGAAAUGAGUACCUAUGCAGAUAAACAGGAGCUUUAUGGCAGAGACGUGGGGAUAUUUUCACUUUGAAUACAUCAUUUCCUUAUUCUUCACAUCUUUUCACUUAAAUCACCCAUGUCAUGAUGAGCCUCGUCCAUUUUCAACUCAUCCACACAACUUAAGCAUCUUAAGUUGCUUUCUUGUAAUAGAAAUACAUACAAUCUGUAUAAAACAGUUUUUGAAGAAUUCUUAUUUUCACCAUUCACUGGGCUUUCUUUAACUGAAGUCUCCUUUUAUUUCUCUAAUAUUUAUCUCCAGAAGUUGUAAGCAGUUGCUGCCCGAAAGAAAUGUCAUAUGUAUGCAAAUGGGGAUACUAUGUCUAAGAAAGAAACAAUUGUGAUUAUUAAUCAAGGAGAAGAAAAAAGCUUCUGAAUUUGGGAAUUUCAAGGCAGAGUUUUGUCCUGUUUUAGUUCUCUUCACACCACAUUCAUCCGAAUCUUCUUAAAGUGAUCUAGAGAAAAUAGAAGUUGGAUCCAGAACUGAUGACCGGGUACACAGUGAUGACAAACACUCACACCGAGGUACUCUCAGCUAACAGGCUUCUCACAAACACCUUCCCAAGUGGAUGGUCACCUCUGUUACUUAGACGGCUCCCACCCCCACAGGAGCGAUGUAAACUCUUCAAGAGCAGAACAAUUUUGGAGGUGAGGAGUCCUGUAUUAAACUGCAUCGUCAUUAGCCAUUUUCAUAUGUAGUAGUAUUUUAUCUAUCUAUUUAGUUUUAAUCUAUCACCUAUCAAACAGUAGAGCCAUUCUUUAGGAAAAAGUCAUGGGGACCAAGUUUAGAACACUCUGGAAACGACAAAUCCAGUCAUGGUUUUUAAAAGGUGUUUCUCUGAUAAGUAAGAGAUCUUCAAAAUAAACAUUCAGAGGGUUGAAUUAAGACGUUUCACUUCCUCUGGAAAAAGAGCAAACGAGACUCUUGUCUCGCGUCCCCGUCUGUGUAUGUCUGCCGGGGACACAGCGGCUGUGCUCUCGGUCUGCCCUGCUUUUCUCUAGUCAGUGUAUCAGAGGGGAGCCAGUAAGGGACCAUUCCCUCCCCUGAAGUCACAGGCCGUGGCCUCUGUCAGGUCCGCCCCUGUGGGGCCAAGCAAAUAGAAAUCUAUACAAGAUCUGAGAAUGUAAAGAAGACAGAGGUGACUUGUCACGUGUUCAGCCUUCACACUGAACAUGAGUUUUUGCUGACCAGUUGCUCUGGAUGAGUCAUCAGUUUCACACAGGCUUCCGCACAAGUCUGAGGCCAGUGAGAGAAAGAAGGGCCACGGAAACACAGCUGCAGUGGAAUUGGGCUGAAUCCAUCUUCUUUCAGAAGGGAGGAGCUAUUGUGAAUUGGGACAUCAUUGCUCAAAGCCAAUCACUUGUCAAGAUAAUAAUAGUCAAUGAACAUUAGGUUUUGUAGCUCUAUGAAGGAAAACUAUUUUUAUUAUUAUCUCAAGAUAACAAAACUUUUUUUACCUUUCGAGUGCCUCAGAGGACCAACUAUUAUACUUUGGUUUUGGUUUUUUGUUUUUGUAUUAUUUUUAUAUGCUUUUUAACCUGAUUGAGCUAAUGUUGAACUUCGCCUCUGUGCAAUGAAGUACUGUUUAUCUACCCUACGAGAUCUAUUUGUAUAAUCUCUGGCUGUAAUGAUCACUUUGAAAUAUUUCCCUUGCAUAUCUAAUGAUUUUUUUAAUGGAAUAAAGCAUAAGGGGAAUAAAUAUAUUUUAACCAAUCUUAAUUUAAAUCUAUGUCCACACAGGCCACGUAAGCCAAAUGAAGUCAUAAAUAUUUCACAAAUGCUGGCCUGAAAACCUAUUUUUGAAAAGUGGGGUGAUGGCAUUAUAUGCCAGUGGGUGGGUUUUCUCUACAGACUGGGUCCAACAAUGAACUUCUCGAUCCUGUAGUCCUAGUGACCUUGUGCUUCCCCCGUUUUCAGGAAUCCUACUUUAACAGCCUGUCUUUAGAAGAGUCCAUGGCUCCCAUGUUUUCCAGGGAACCUGUCGCUCUAUAUCCUUCUGUGGUGGGAUAUUAAUGGGCUCAUUCACCACGUGUAUUUAUGCCCCAGACCUACUUUGGCAUGGUAGGAAGGCAUCUCCAGGAUAAGCCAACAGGUACCCCUCAAACAUACCGACACAUAAAGCCAACAGCUUGUAAGAGGCUGUUUUGCUGCCUGCCCGCUGUAUACUUCCAACUCUGGCAUAUUGUACAGAAAUCUCUAGAAUCCCAAGCUGGGAAUCCUUAUAGGACAUUGUGAGAGUCAUGGCCUCCUAGUCACUGAGUAGAAAAUGAGGAAGCUGCCCCAACAGAGCCAGCCGGCCACCAGCCAUAUCACAUGCUAUUAGUACGCUGGUCUUUGAACACACUGUUUCCGAUUUAGGCUUCGGCAGAUUUGCAAAUUGCAGGUCAUAACACUUCAGGGUUCCUUACAAGAAGCCUAAAUCCUGUGCCAUCCUUAAAUUCCAAAGGUCUCCUGGACUAGGCACUGUCACCUGCUGCUGCACCUGACAGCACUGACCCAGUUAGAGCAGCCCUCAGCCCUGGGCUGUGUAGUGACUAGUCGGCCAGUUCGGCUGAUCAGCAGCCUAAGGGUUGCCAAGCUCUCGGCCUCUGAUCCUCAGCGGUGCGGUGGGGCAACCCCAGAAAAUCUUGCCCCAGCUGUUCUCGAUGUUCAAAGCAGCCCGUUUCAGAGUGAGAAAUCUAGACCUAGCAGAGAAUGCUCUUGCCUUUUCCACUCAUAAAGGCCUUAAUGACAUCUGGAGACACAGGGGUAAAAACUCAGAUGUGUGCUCCGCCAAGCCUGGGGCACAGGGCAGCAGCGAGGGCCAGACGAACGUGUGACUGUCCCCUUCGCGCUGAGACCUACGAGCAGCAGUGAGGUCCUCGCCCUUCAGACUGCAUGCCUCUAGCCCGUCUGCCGGGAACCUCAUCACUGUGUGUGUGCUGGGGUGGGGGUGUCCGUGUGGUGCGUGUUGAGUGUAACGUUGCGCUGUGUAGCAAGUUGGUGACCGUCCUCUUUGCUCUAAAGAAGACAAACAAGCCUGUCAGAGUCCAGUCCUCAGCGGUCUGUGAAGAACUGUCAUCUGCCUGCUGUCCCCCCGGAACAGCUGGACUGCAGAAAUGUCAGAUUAAGCUGUUGUGCAUUGUUGUUUUUCUUUUUUAAACAAAACACCACCACCUUGGCUUUUCCAGAGCAGAGUACUUCUUUUGUUGCCGUGGAGUUCCCUCUUGCUGUAUCUUCUAUGCAAUCCCUUUUCUAAAAGCUCCCCAGUGGAGGCGGCGUGCUGUCUGGACCUUCUGCCGUCGCCCUGCUGUGUGGCGAGGUGAGGGAGCCCAGCCCCGGGUGUGCCUCUUUUCUCUCCCUGGCUGCCUCUCUCAAUUUUCCCUGCAGUCCCCUUGGUUUGUAAAUUGCCUGCAUUUAUUCUGUCGGCCAACAUGUACAAAAUGUAAGAAAGAAUUUUUAAACAGGUAAUAAAUUAUAUUUAUA